UGUCAUGGACCUUAUUUCAGCUUCUACAACCGAGCAGGGCCUUCACUGAGUUAUCAGCGCCUCGACCCUGCCUUGUAUCCAGGUACUCAGAGUCCUCAUCUUCAUUCUUUUGAUGGUGGAAACGCUCUUGCUGCCUCCAUGGGACCGGGUGCCGCCCAAAGCUCUUCUUGCACAACUGCCCGCAUCAAACCCGAUAAGAGCAUAUACUGGCGCCCGACCUUGUACUGGAACGGCAACAACACUGGCUUCUAUCGUGUCCCGGACAGAUUCGUCAAGCUGUAUUAUAAAUUCAUGGACGGCCUGGACCAUGCCAACGUCACCGAAUUCCCAGAGAGUUUCUCCAUGAUUGCUGGCGACCCAUUCAAACGUUCGGACGACGGCAACAACCCUGCAGGUGUGAAAUGGGCCUGCUUGGGCGAGAAUUUCGCUCGAGUUGACUCCGCCGGUUUCCCUAAAGGGAUAACAUCCUGCACACAAGGACUCUUCAGUGAGCUCACCUUCCCAGCUUGCUGGAAUGGCAAAGAUAUCGAUCCCGCAAACCCCCAUGCUCAUAUGGCAUACCCUUCUGCGGACGGGAAAAACAUCGAAGCGUGUCCUGAGACCCAUCGUGCGGCACGGUUCCCCACCAUCUUGGCAGAGUUUUGGUACGACACCUCCCCGUUUGAUGGCCACUAUACUGCGGAGGACAACCCAUGGGUGCUGUCGAAUGGGGACCCCACGGGCCUGGGUUUCCACGCUGACUUUCUCAACGGUUGGGUCAAAGGCGUCCUCAGUAAAGCUAUGGCUGCGGAUGGCUACUGCAAAUGCGGUUGCGGUUGUGCUCAACAAGAUAUUGAGCAAUGUUUCGGAACUGAGAAUGUGAACAGGAAUGAAGAUGAAGAGUUCGUGGCUUGCUCGGCAAAGGCAUCCGAAUAUCCUCCAGAGAACCAGUCACCCGUGGAUAAGCUGCCGGGUUGCAAUCCCAUCCAACCUGGGCCUGCACGAGCGACA